AUGGGGGACGAGACGGUGUCCAGGCUGUUCCGCGUGAGACGGACAAUCUUUGAGAUGCUACACGACCGCGGGUACCUAGUAGCUGAUCGGGAGCUUCGAUCGACCAAGGACGAUUUCAGAGACCAAUUCGGGGACGACCCUCAACGAGACGAUCUCACGCUACUGAAGCAGAAGAGGGACAACCCUAGCGACGAGAUUUACGUGUUCUUCCCGGUGGAGGCGAAGGUGGGCAUCAAGACGCUCAAGGGGUACUACGAGAAGAUGAAGGGGUCGGGGCUGUCACGCGCCAUCAUGGUGGUGCAGCAGAACCUCACGCCUUUCUCCAAGAAGAUCCUUGCUGACAUGGCGCCCAAAUACAUCAUCGAAGUCUUCCAGGAGGGCGAGCUGUUGGUGAAUGUGACAAAGCACGAGUUGGUGCCACAGCACGUGGUGUUGACAGACGAGGAGAAGCACAUUCUGCUCGAGAGAUACACCGUCAAGGAGCACCAGCUGCCCCGCAUGCAGAGGAGUGACCCAGUGGCUCGGUACUUUGGGCUCAACAGAGGGCAGGUGGUGAAGGUUCUCAGAAACACACUGAAUUUGGAACGCGAGUAG